GUUCAUACUGCAGAUCCUCUCUCUCAUCUCAUCUCAUCUCAUCUCUCUCUCUCUGUCUCGCUUCCUCUGUUUGAUCCGCCUCCAUAGCCAGGGCUUUGCAUCUCUGACUUUUCUCUCCUCAAUAUUACAGAUCUCCAUAGCCUCCGUAGCUGCUGCAAUUUGCUGUUUUGUUUUGUUUUGUUUUGGAUUGACUCUGAGAUUUUGUAAUUUCGACAGAUCCAAAGGGAGGCGAACUCUGCCUUCGGACUUCCUCACCGUCUGAUCUGAUCAAGAUCGUAGCUGUUGAGAGAUGGCAUCAUCAACAGCUGGGGGCUCAGGAUGGUACAAAGGAAAAGUGAAAGCGGUUCUCUCAGGGGACUGCUUGGUUAUAAUGGCGGUGGCUGCUAAUAGGGUUGGACCCCCACCUGAGAAGACCCUUACUUUGUCAUCUCUUAUUGCUCCAAGACUGGCCCGAAGAGGUGGUGUUGAUGAGCCAUUUGCCUGGGACAGCAGAGAGUACUUGAGGAAACUCUGCAUAGGAAAGGAGGUUGCCUUCAAAGUGGAUUACACUGUACCAUCCAUAGGCCGUGAAUUUGGCUCUGUUUUUAUUGGUGACAAAAAUGUUGCCUUGCUGGUGGUUUCUGAAGGCUGGGCAAAGGUCAGAGAGCAGGGUCAACAGAAAGGAGAAGUGAGUCCUUUCCUUCCAGAACUGCUACGUCUGGAAGAGCAAGCCAAGCAACAAGGUCUUGGUCGCUGGAGCAAGGUUGCAGGUGCUGCUGAAGCUGCAAUCAGGAAUCUACCGCCUUCUGCCAUUGGUGAUCCUAGCAACUUCAAUGCCAUGGGUCUGUUAGCUUCAAACAAGGGCAGUCCCAUGCAAGGUAUUGUCGAGCAGGUUCGUGAUGGCAGUACCAUUCGGGUAUAUCUGCUUCCAGAGUUUCAGUUUGUCCAAGUGUUUGUUGCAGGAAUUCAGGCCCCAUCCAUGGGAAGAAGGACCAUAACUGAAAGUGCUGCUGAAACAGAAGCGACCACUGAAGAACCAAAUGGAGAUGUUUCUGCUGAAUCUCGAGCACCUCUAACAUCUGCGCAGAGGCUUGCAGUCUCAGCAGCAUCAUCUUCUGAAGUUUCUCCUGAUCCAUUUGGUGCUGAAGCCAAAUUUUUCACAGAGCUUCGUGUUUUAAAUAGAGAUGUUCGUAUUGUCCUGGAAGGUGUUGACAAGUUCAGCAAUUUGAUUGGGUCGGUAUAUUAUCCUGAUGGGGACUCAGCAAAAGACCUCGCACUGGAGCUUGUUGAAAAUGGUUUAGCUAAGUAUGUUGAAUGGAGUGCAAAUAUGAUGGAAGAAGAUGCCAAGCGGCGGCUGAAGGCUGCAGAGCUUCAAGCCAAGAAAACUAGGUUGAGGAUUUGGACGAACUAUGUUCCUCCGGCUACAAAUUCAAAGGCAAUCCAUGACCAGAAUUUCACAGGAAAGGUGGUGGAGGUUGUAAGUGGGGACUGCAUUAUUGUAGCUGAUGACUCUGUCCCAUAUGGAAGUCCAUCAGCAGAGCGUCGGGUCAAUCUGUCAAGUAUUAGGUGUCCAAAAAUCGGCAAUCCUCGGAGGGAGGAAAAGCCGGCUCCCUAUGCCCGUGAAGCCAGGGAGUUCUUAAGAACACGACUUAUUGGCCGACAAGUGAAUGUUCAAAUGGAGUAUUCUAGGAAGGUCAGCAUGGCAGAUGGACCUGCAGCUGCUACUGCGUCUGCAGAUUCCAGAGUAAUGGAUUUUGGAUCAGUUUUCCUAUUGUCUCCUAUUAAGGUUGAGGGUGAUGAUACCCCCUCACCUGCUCCACCCGCUUCUAGCAGCCAGCCUGGGGUGAAUGUAGCUGAGCUUUUGGUUGCCCGUGGAUUUGGCACUGUUAUUAGGCAUCGAGAUUUUGAGGAGAGAUCAAACCAUUAUGAUGCCCUUCUUGCUGCUGAAUCCCGUGCCAUUUCUGGUAAGAAAGGUACCCAUUCAGCUAAGGAUCCUCCGGUAAUGCACAUAACAGACCUGCUUACGGCUUCGGCCAAGAAAGCUAAGGAUUUUUUGCCAUUCCUGCAUCGGAGUAGGAGAAUACCUGCCGUUGUUGAAUAUGUCCUCAGUGGUCAUCGUUUUAAGUUGUUGAUUCCCAAAGAAACGUGUAGUAUUGCCUUCGCAUUCUCUGGGGUCAGAUGUCCUGGUCGUGAUGAGCCCUAUUCAGAUGAAGCUAUUGCACUAAUGAGAAGAAAGAUAAUGCAGAGAGAUGUUGAGAUUGAAGUUGAAACUGUUGAUAGAAAUGGAACUUUCUUGGGAUCCAUGUGGGAAUCAAAGACAAAUCUGGCAGUUUCUCUCCUUGAAGCUGGCCUAGCAAAACUUCAAACUUCCUUUGGUAGUGACAGGAUCCCUGACAUCCACCUUCUUGAACAAGCUGAGAAAUCAGCCAAGAGGCAAAAACUGAAAAUUUGGGAGAAUUACGUUGAAGGGGAGGAAGUGCCCAAUGGUGCGGUUGUGGAAAGCAAACAGAAAGAAGUGCUAAAGGUAAUGGUUACAGAAGUCUUGGGCGGUGGUAAAUUUUACGUCCAGACAGUUGGGGAUCAGAAAGUGGCCUCAAUUCAGCAGCAGCUUGCUUCAUUAAGUCUUCAAGAAGCUCCUGUAAUUGGUGCUUUUAAUCCUAAAAAGGGUGAUAUAGUCCUUGCCCAGUUUAGUGCUGACAAUUCCUGGAAUCGAGCUAUGAUUGUCAAUGCACCCCGAGGACCUGUGGAGUCCCCAAAAGACAAGUUCGAAGUGUUCUACAUUGAUUAUGGGAAUCAAGAGGUCGUUCCUUACAGUCAGUUACGUCCUAUUGAUUCCUCAGUAUCUUCUGCACCUGGUCUUGCUCAACUAUGCAGCCUUGCAUAUAUGAAGGUUCCAGCCUUGGAGGAAGAUUUUGGCCAAGAAGCAGCUGAAUUUCUGAGUGAGCACACAUUGAAUGGUUCAAAAGAGUUCAGGGCCAAGGUUGAGGAAAGGGACACUUCUGGAGGAAAAGUGAAAGGGCAGGGAACUGGGCCAACUCUUGUUGUAACUCUUGUUGCUGUGGAUGCUGAGAUUAGUAUAAAUGCUGCCAUGCUUCAGGAAGGACUUGCUAGAACAGAAAAGAGGAAGAAGUGGGACCACAAGGAUAGACAGUUGGCCCUUGAUAAUUUGGAGAAGUUCCAGGAUGAAGCACGGACUGCUAGGCGAGGGAUGUGGCAGUAUGGUGAUAUCCAGUCAGAUGAUGAGGAUACAGCUCCUCCUGUUAGAAAGGCUGGUGGCCGGCGAUAGAUAUGAGUUUAGUGAGGAUACAGCAACUCAAGCAGCCUAAGAAGAGUCUAAUUAUAGGCAUGAUUGAUUGCUUCUAGUGUAUCAGAGCAAACAAAAGUGACAGCAGUAAACUUGUGUAAGUUUUGUUUUUGUUUUUUUGUUUUUUUUUCCCCCCUUUUUAAUUUAUUGUUAGCUGAGCGGACAAUUUUUUUACACAUCUUAAUAAGGUGAACAUAAUCCCCGUCUCCUGUUGGGGGCAUCGUAGACAAUUUUUCCUCGUAUCAAAGUUGAAAGGUUGUGUUA